GAGCAGACAGAAGAGGAGCGCACAGAGGUCAGACAAACACUCAGCUCAUCCUGAGCUGUCCAGACCGGAGGGAUGUUUACCAUGAAGCCAUCAAAAGGAAGCGGGGAAUAAACGCACCAGCUGGAAUAUAUAUUUUUUCAUUAUUUUGUAUUUUUUUAUGUGUCUGGGGUUAUUUUUUUCUAAUUUGUAUUUUUGAUGUCGAGGACUAGAGAGCAUUCCAAACAAACAAACAAACUCACAUUAUCUCUCCUCCACUUUUCGUUCCCUCCCGUUAUUUAUCAAAAUCUCCCCGCGUAAAGGACUGACAGGCAUGUGGUGGAAAGUGGGGCUCGUGCUGGUGAUGUGCUCGGGUCUCACGAGCAGCGAAGCCCGAGAGGAGCACCGGGAUUCGCCUCCGCGCAACACGAUGCUCAGAGCGCCCGUGGAAACGCUGGACUUUGGCUUCGUGCCGUCGGUGGUGUACGAAACGCACGCGUAUUAUGAACCGGGUCCAAUCGGUAUUGUUUUCCACAUGGUCCACGCGUUUCUGUACGUGGUUCAACCAAACCCUUUCCCCAAAGAUCUCAUUGUUAAAAUGGUCCAGCAGAACAUGGGAGGAAUCAAAGGGGACGAUUACAAGAAGCCAGAGAAUGUUGUAUUAUUACUACAGGCUAUCUACUAUGAGCUGGGCUUCAUAGUGCUGUCGGUUCUGGGGGUGAUAUUUGUGCUGUUCAUGCCGGUCGUGGGCCUGUUUUUCUGUGUGUGCCGCUGCUGUGAGAACUGUGGGGGUGAGAUGCAUCAGAGACAGAAGAAGAACGGCGACUGCCUAAGAGGUUUCUACAUGGCCACACUCAUGGCUACCUCCGUCUUCCUCACAGUGGGAGUGAUGAUCGCCUACGCAGCAAAUCAGAACAUCACAAAUCAGAUCAAGAGCACCAGACGCCUCGUCAGCACUAACAUAAGAGACCUGAAAUCUUUUGCAAACCACACACCAGUGCAAAUAGACUACCUCUCUGCACAGUACACAACAGCCAAGAACAAAGUAUUAUCAGACUUAGACAAUAUUGGGAAUCUGCUGGGUGGACAGAUUCAUAAUCAGCUGGAGAGAGAAGUGGUGCCUGCUUUAGACAACGCUCUUCGCAUGACAGCAGUUAAAGUGGAGGGUGCUAUUAAAGCCAUGCGGGAGACCAAAGAGUCAUUAGAGAGUGUGACCAUUUCACUGGAGAUCCUGCAGGAAGGGACGGGCAGACUCCAGAUCUCUCUUCAGUCUGAACGCGCGUCUCUCUCAAGCACACUCAACGACCCGGCCUGCUCUAAUGGAGACGUAACACACACCUGCAACACCAUCCGCGGGACACUCAGCCAGCUCGCGCUCAUCGCAAACUUUCACGGGUUGCCUGAUGUUGAGGCACCUUUGGCCAGUCUGGAUGCUGUGCUUAAAACAGACCUCAGCAAUAUCAUACAGAAAGGCUACUCUUCUUUUAACGACACACCAAGGUUGGUCAGAGAACAGACAAAAGAAAUUUUGUCGGCUUUACCCAAAGUGAAAGGGCUGCUGGAUAAGUCUGGUGGAGAGAUAGUUGCUUUCACAAAGAUGUUCCCGGUUGAACCAGCACUUGAGAACUUCACAAAGUUCCUGACAGAGAGCCAGAAGAACAUUGAAGCGUACUAUCCACAGAUCGACCAGCUGGACUUCUACAGAUGGAUUGGAUGUGUGGUGAUUUGUUGUAUGGUCGUGCUGGUUCUGACCUUUAAUUUCCUGGGUCUGUUGUGUGGAUCAUGUGGUUAUGAUAAAAAUGCCACACCCACCACACGUGGCUGUCUGUCCAACACCGGAGGAAACCUACUGAUGGCUUCUGUUGGCUUCAGCUUCAUCUUCUCCUGGGUGCUCAUGGGAGUUGUAGUCACCUCAUUUAUUUUUGGGGGAAACGUAGAGAAGCUUGUUUGCGAGCCGCUGGCUAACAGACAGAUUCUUAAGAUAAUCGACACACCAUAUAUGGUCCAUCCUACCAAAAAGAACUUCCUUCCUGGCAUGCUGUUUCAAGAUCCAAACAUCGACCUUACUAUCGGCAGUAUGUACAGAGAUUGUUAUGAGAAUAAUGGUUUAUAUUCAGCACUACAACUGGAGACCAAGUUCAACUUCAACAAGUUUCUCAAUGCCACAGUGUAUAACCUGGAACUGACCAAGAUAUUUAAUAGUGUGAAUGUGGAUCUCCAGGGGAUGCUGCUUCUGGAACAGGAGGGCAAAGAUAACCUCAUUGACUUUGCUAACACAGGCAUUGGAGAAAUCGACUAUCAGGCUUAUCUAACUGAGGUGAAUAAAGAAGUGACAGUUGUGGAUCUUUUGUCCUACGCAAAUGGACUUGAAGCUCAAGCAGACCAGCUGGUGAGUCAAAGACAAAUUAAUCACUUUCAAUUGCCACGUGGGGCUCUUGAGAAUGCCCUCAAGGGUCAUGCCAGCAGUAUCAGACAGAUCCACAAAGAACAAGUGGUGCCAAUGGAACAGGCCAUGAAAUUUGUGAAAGCAAGGGGCACUCUAAGUCAAAGCAUCAAACUGCUUCAGAAAACAUCCAGAGAACUACCUAUUAAAGUGACAAAUGUUUUGAAUGCCAUUGAAGCAGCAGAGUACCUCAUCGCCAACAAUGCUUCACAUGUGGUCAAACAGGAGGCUGAUCAAUUCAUUAAGAAACUUGUGGGAUAUUUUUCACAAUAUACGGAUUGGGUCAAGCACUCUCUGGAAAUGGAGGUCGCCCAGUGCAAGCCCAUCAGCAACAUCAUUGACUCGCUGGAGAUCGUAGGCUGCAGCUUCGUUGUUGACUCAGUGAACACAUUCUGGUUUGGUCUGGGAGGAUGCUGUUUGUUACUCAUUCCCAGCAUCAUCUUAUCUGUAAAACUCGGCAAAUUCUAUCGCAGGAUGGACACUGAGGACGUCUAUGAUGACGGUGCUGAGAGCUGGAACUAAAGAGAGUUUAGCAAGAAAUUGUCUUUCUUAAUUCAGAUUCCAUGGACGACAACCGAAGACGGAAAAAAGGGAAUAUAAUCUGUGAAAAUUAAUUUAGAAACAGUUUAUUCCAGUUUCUAACAAUAAAACAUACUUCAGACCUUAACUAAAGAAUUCCAAGCAUAUUCUACACACAGUUCAUCGUACAUGGUAAACAGAAAUGUGUUCUUUUUAUACACUUUCAACAUGUUUUUGAAAGUUUUGUAUGUAUUUUGUUAAUAUCUGUUUUAUAAAACAUGUCCUUUAGACAUAAUUGUGGGUACAUCUAGAUUUUGUAUUGCUCUUUUUAACAUUUGAUAUAAAGGGUCGAGAAAGGUCUGUGUACUGUACUGUGAUAUUGUCUUGCUGGUUAUUGAUCAUGAAACCAUGAAAUGAUGUUUCUGAACCAAACAUCUCAAGUUUGAAGGUCCAAGCAGAUUAAGUAUUUACAGUAGAAAAGUGCUUCAUUUAUCAUGUUAACUUUUCAGUUCUUCUGCGAAAUGUUACUUUUUGUACAUUUUAUUGUUCAACAAAUGAAUGAAUCAAGUAUUAGCUUAAAAUUUGAUAACUAUGUUGAAUGCACUGGAAAAGUCUCAAUGUGUUGAAAGACAAAUGAAGCUAAUGUCCUAAAAGACUGAUUGUUCCUGUUUGAAAUGUCAGUACGUUUGAUACAAGACAAUAAUUACACCACUAAAAACGAAUUACUAUUAUAGAUCAGUUCAUCUUUUCUUGUUGUUGUUGUUGUCUUUUUCUUCUUUUGAGUGUCUUAUGUAUUUGAUUUUCUUUUUGUGUUUACAUCCAUACAAGAAACUGAAAAUAGUUGAAUAUAUCCAGUGUGUAAUGUACUGUAAUUUGUUCAAAUACAGGUUUCAGUACAGCAUAUACAGUGGUAAUACAAUUCCACAUAGUUCUCUAUUAUACAAACCAAAGGUUUCUUAUAUUCCAAAAAGAAGGUUUGUGAAUUAAAUUUGAACUGUGAAGUUCCAAAUCUGUUAUGGAUACCCACAAAUCCAGACGUCUGUCUCACGGCCUGCUGGGAGAAACUAUGCAUGUGUUCUUUGGCAGUGGAGCAGUACAGAUCUCUAGGGUCGUGUUUUCACCCAUGUUAUGAGAUUCAAAGGCACUUGUAACAAGUGUUUUGGAUUUUUACAGAGCAAAUCCCACUGGAACACGGAGGCUGUGUGAACAUUACAAUUAAACAAUCAGCUCAACAUGGUUUGUGGGGUGUUUCGUAAAAGGUACAAAUAAAAUAAUUAAAUUUAUGUCACUUUUGCACCCUUUUUAAGCA